AUGCAAGAGAGAAUAGAUGAGCAAAGCAGAAGAGAUUUGAGAGUCGACGUGGACAAGCUGAACUACCACCACUUCUUCGACGAUAUAAGAAAGACUAGUCGACGUGGACAAGUCGACGUGGACAAGCUCGACUACCACCACUACCUCCCCCUCUUCUUCGACGGCCUGAGGGAGACGAGCCACCCCUACGACUUCUUCAGCAGGGCGGGCAUCCGGGACCUUCUCUCCCGCGGGGGGGACAAGAUCCUCCCGGUCCAUCCCGAGCUUAUUCUGCCUAUUAAGAGUGCCCUCAACACCCGAGACGUCCGCGUGAUCUGCACCGUCCUGAAGGUCCUGCAGGAGCUGGUGAUGUCGGCGCCCUUGGUCGGGGAGUCCCUGGUCCCCUACUACAGGCAGAUCCUCCCGACGCUGAAUCUCUUCAAGCAUAAAAAUGGUGGUGAACUCUGGGACGAGAUCGACUACUCACAGCAACGUCGAGAGAAUCUUGGAGACCUUAUUCAAGGAAACUCUCGAGAUACUGGAGAGAGACACGGCGGAGACGCAUAUAUUAAUAUUAAGUAUAUGGUGCCGACGUACCAGUCUUGUAUGAUGAAUUGA